AAGGCAAAAGUCGCAAACCCACCCCAGCGCCUUCAGGCACACAUCUGUCCGGUGAACGGAGGCUGAGGCGUGGCUGCCCCCUCCCCUGCGUCUGGCCGGGCUGAAGUGCGCCCAGCGCCCUUACGGGGGGAGGGGGUGGACGCCGCCGCCAUGUUGGCCGCCGCCUGGCUGGGCAGGUGCUCCUGGGGGCUCCUGAAAGGUGCGAGCCGGCCCCUGGGGGGCAGCGGCGCGAGGCCGCUCGCGAGCCGCUCCCGGGCGACCGGAGGCGGCGCCUGGGGCGGAAACAGCCGCCGCGGCUUGUGCCUCGCGCUGGGCUCCUCCCCGCUGAGCGGCCUCGCGCCGCGGGCGCCUUCGUCCUUCCCCGGCGCGAGGCGGGAGCCGCGGCUGCUGCUGCUGCUGCGCGCGCCCUCCCCGGCCCCGCUCUCCCCGGAGCGGCUCGCGGGCGGCUCCCCGCGCCCCGGCGGCCGCGGCCUGAGCCCCUCGCCGAGGCGGCGCAGCGACGGUGCGGCCGGCCCGCCGGGGGACGGAGCGCCGAGGGGCCGAGGAGCCGCCGGCGGCUUCUCGGAGCUGUAUGAAAACCCAUGGACAAUCCCAAAUAUACUUUCUCUGGCAAGAAUUGGUUUGGCUCCAGUUUUGGGUUAUUUGAUUGUAGAAGAAAAUUUCAACAUUGCUCUGGGUGUUUUUGCUUUGGCUGGGAUAACAGACUUGUUGGAUGGCUUUAUUGCACGAAACUGGGCCAGUCAGAAAUCUGCUCUGGGAAGUGCCCUUGACCCGCUAGCUGAUAAAAUUCUUAUCAGUGUCCUGUAUGUCAGCCUCAGUUGUGCAAGUCUUAUUCCAGUUCCACUGACUACUUUGAUCAUUUUGAGGGACAUAGUGCUAAUUGCUGCUGUUUUUUAUGUGCGAUACAAAACACUGUCCCCACCGAGAACACUUGGUAGAUAUUUCAACCCCUGUUAUGCCACUGCCCAGUUAAAACCAACUUUCAUCAGCAAGAUGAACACAGCAGUUCAGCUAAUCUUGGUGGCAGCUUCAUUAGCGGCUCCUGUUUUCGAUUACGUAGAUAACAUAUAUCUACAGACUUUAUGGUGCAUUACAGCUUUCACAACAGCAACGUCUGCAUACAGUUAUUAUCAUUAUGGUCGGAAAACAGUCCAGGUAAUAAACAACAAAUGAAAUGUUACAGAAAGGACCAUCUCAUCACAUCACUGUUUUUUAUAUUGCCAAGGACAAUAUAACUGGCCUAUGAAUAAGAACUCUGUUUUUCCUUAGGACAGUUGUUUCAAUUCAAACCAUGUCACCACAAUUGGACUGAUAUGAAGUAAAAAUGAAGUCUGAUCAUGUACUGUAAAUGUAUUGAAUUUUCAAUGUAUUUUUGAAAGUUAAAAAUAAAAUUAAGAAAAAUCACAAUGUUCUUAAAGGCA